AUGACAGACGUCGAGAUGGCCGGCUCCAAAGCCGAGAGACUUCCCAUUACAGUCGAGAAGCCCACACCCUACACUUUCGAUCUGGGUAACCUUAUGGUCAAUGACCCUAACCCCGUCGAGCUCCCACAAGGCGAAUCAUUGAACGCUUCCCUGCAAGCCACCGCCCGCGACGGUGCGCAGUGUCUCCUCAACCAACUCCUGACAACAUGCAACAUUACCUCUUCCGCUCAGCACGGUGUGCUCCUCUCUCUGCCUGCACCAAACACCAAGCUUCCCCGCCACAAGCCCCUCCCUACCCCCAAGCCACCAACGAAGUGGGAGCUGUUCGCGCGCAAGAAGGGUAUCGGCAAGUACAGCCAGAACCCCGGUGUUGCGCUUGCGGAUAAGGAGAGACGCAAGAAGCUUGUAUACGACGAGGCAUCUGGCGAGUGGGUUCCACGAUGGGGAUACAAGGGCAAGAACAAAGAUAAGGAGGACCAGUGGCUUGUUGAGGUUGAUGAGUCUAAGUGGAAGAAGGAAGAGGAGGCCGGUGAGAAGGGAGGUAACAUUCGGGGAAUGUCUCGUACAGAGCGCAAGGAACGCAUUAAGAGAAAUGAGCGUAAGAUGCGGGCAAAUGACCGCCGUGCUAAGAAGCCUGGUAGCGGUUAA